AUGGCGGAUUUUUUGGUUGAAGUAACAGGAGACCCAGGCGAAGACAUGGGUACACGGUGGAAGCUCCAUGUGGACGGAGCCUCCAACCAGACCUUCGGAGGAGCCGGGAUCAUCCUAGAAAGUCCAAACGGGGUCGUAUACGAACAGUCGGUCAGAUUCGAGUUUCCCAUCUCGAACAACCAAGCAGAAUACGAAGCCCUCAUAGGAGGCUUGACCCUAGCAACAGAGGUCGGCGCAAAAAGGCUGGAAGUAUGCAGCGAUUCCCAAGUCGUCACUUCCCAAGUAAACGGCAGCUAUCAAGCCAAGGACCCCUUGUUGCAGAACACGAAGCCAGGGGAGGGAAACCGGUCUCUCAUCCAAGGCAUGACAAGGGAACCUGCAAUUGCACUACACAUAACAACCCUAAGUUCUUCAUGGCUAGACCCCAUCACCAACUACCUAGAACACGGCCAAGUCCCUGGUGACGAAAAGGAUGCGGUGAAAUUAAGGAGGAAAGCGGCCAAAUACGCCGUCAUCCAAGGACAGCUGUUCAGAAAAGGGCUCAGCCAACCCCUACUGAAGUGCCUACACCCCGACCAAACGGACUACGUCCUCAGGGAAGUCCACGAGGGCUGCUGUGGGCACCACAUCGGAGGAAAAGCCCUAGCAAGGAAGUUGAUCCGAGCUGGGUACUACUGGCCGUCGAUGAUGGCAGAUUCCAAAGAGUUUGUCAAAAAGUGCAUAAAGUGCCAACAGAACGCCAACUUUGCCAAGGCACCGGCAAACGAGUUGAGCUUGCUGACGACUUCCCGGCCGUUCGCUCAGUGGGGAAUCGACCUCUUAGGGCCCUUCCCUGUCGGCCCUGGGCAGGUGAUAACACGGUUCGGGAUACCAGAAGUCGUCAUCUCGGACAACGGCACACAAUUUGCUGACAAAAAGUUCACAGAAUUUCUCAACGGCCUAGGUAUAAGGCAAAGGUUCUCUUCGGUAGAACACCCUCGGACGAACGGACAAGUGGAGUCCGCCAACAAGGUUAUCCUUUCAGGGCUAAAGAAGAGGUUGGACAACAAAAAGGGUGCUUGGGCCGACGAGCUGGCAUCGGUCCUCUGGUCUUAUCGAACAACCGAGCAAUCCUCCACCAAGGAAACCCCUUUCCGACUAACGUACGGGGUGGAUGCAGUAAUACCCGUGGAGAUCGGUGAACCGAGCCCGCGAUUGCUUUUGAAAGGAGUAGAGGAAACUGUAGAAAAGGACCUGAUAGAUGAAGCCCGGGAAAUGGCCCAUUUGACGGAAACAGCGCUAAAACAAAGAAUAGCUCUGCGCUACAACACCAAAGUGCUCAAGAGGGACUUUGAGCCUGACGACCUCGUCCUGAGACGGAAUGAUAUCGGCCUGCCGACCCCCGGAGAAGGCAAGCUAGCGGCAAACUGGGAAGGCCCUUACAGAGUAAAAAAGGUGAUGGGAAAAGGAGCCUUUAAGUUAGAAAGGCUCGAUGGCAAGGAGGUCCCGAGGACAUGGAACGCGGACAACCUUAGAAGAUUCUACUCCUAG